UCACCUAUACCAAUCACUCAAGCAACGUCAAUGCAAAAGCGAUUGUAUUUAUUUCCGUCAAGUUUUUGUUAGAUUUUUUUAUUAUGUGUUGUGUUUAUGUUAAGCUCCUUUUCCUCAUCCUGUGGAUUUACUCAAUAGAAUGUGAUGAUUUUGAAAAAGCCGAACCACUUAACAAAGUUAGAUAUAGGAACAGCAGAACGUGCAAACACCGGCCUUAUUCCGCCUUUGAACCAUUCUAUCGUCAAAGUAUACUGGAAAGUCCCGUUUACUUGGUGUUUAUCGUACUUUUAGGCAUCCUCUUUGGGUUAAUGUUCUUAGGAUUGCUGAAAGGCCUGCUAGGUAUGCUUGGUUCAAAAACCGUGGGCGAAUAUGGCAUGGGCAUGCUCAUCGAUCUUCCUAAGCCUUUGGAUUCAUAUCAGGAAAAGGAGUUGAGAAACCGAUCGGUUUGCUAUGACGUUGUGGGGUGGCCAGUGCACCCAGACACCGGCGAAAGGACCGUUCGAAUGCUGCCAAUCCAGAGUGAAUUUUGCCUCAACAUCAUUUUCUUUUUGGCAUAUCCGCUGGCCAUUCUGUUGAAACUGUGCUCUCUGUGCUGCUGCAUCGGCGAUUACAAAGGCGAAGAAGACGCCUGCUUUCGUGAAGUGAAUGUUAUCAAAUGCAAGAGCUCCAGAAAAAACGCUGGAGGCCCUCAGCUGGAUAUGUACAAAGAGCACGAUCUGAGAGAAGCCAAAGAUACGAAUUACGUUAUUAAUUGUAUGCGGCAAAGCCAAAUGUCUUUAGGGAAAUUCCAUCAGUUCAGUGAUAUGUGAUGAACUAUGGUUACUUGCGUGGAUAUUCGAAUAGAGCAUUUUGGGAAAAGUUACAAAGUAAACAGCUUUAUACUCGUUGUAAUUACUCUCUACGAAUAAAAAACCAUGAACUGAAA